AUGGAGAACAUCGGUGGCACCAUCAAGCGCCGUUCCACAGAGGCAUGGAACGCCGCGCAGAGCAACAUGCCCUCUAUGCCGGCCAUGCCCUCAAUGCCUGCUCUGCCCUCGCUACCGGCGCUGCCCGUCAUGCGGCAGUUCACACUAGAUGCCUUCCGGAGACAGCCCAACCAGGAGGGCAUGAGAGGCACCUGGGAGCGCAUCGAUCUCCCUCCCGUGCCUCGCUCCUCGCAUUCUCUUGACAUCAUCUCGGGCUGCGCUUACAUCUUUGGUGGCGAAGUCACUCCCCGCGAACCCGUUGAUAAUGAUAUGCUCGUCAUCCGCCUUCCCUUCAGUAGCGCCGGCGCCGACUACUUUAAGAUCAAAGCGAAGCCAGACACAACCAUCCCCGCGCCGACGUCAAUUCAGGACAAGGGUAAAAAGGGCAAAUCAGAUGAUGAUGUUGUUGAGAGCCCCAAGGCCAAGGCCAAGGCUGAAGACCUUGGCGAGGAAGUCCCAGAAGAAGACGAGAGUGACAGUGGUGAAAGCCGCAACACGGAGCAGACUGAUGAGACCAAGAGCGACACCAAAGCGGCAUCUGUUGACAAGGGCAAGGGACGAGCUGCACAAGAUCUCGGUGACGUCCCCCCACCACGAAUUGGGCAUGCAACUGCCGUCAUUGGCUCGCGGAUAUUCGUCUUCGGCGGCUACGCUGGACAGGACAUGAGGCCCCUUGAUGAAAAUGGCCGAGUAUGGAUCUUUGACACUCGCACCCGUCUCUGGACCUACCUCGACCCUGUCCCUGCUGUCAAGGGCGGAUCAAUCAUCCCGCACCCAGCGCCACGAAGCUAUCACUGUGCUACGGCGACAGACCGACCCCGCGACUUUGCCCCUCCCCCGCGAACCCAGGCUCAGAGCUGGCAGGAGUGGGCGCUUGGUGAUACCUCCAAGACGGGCAUCCCGCAGGACCCCAUUGUCGGCCACGUCGCCGAAAACGCGAGUGAUGAGGAGACUGAUGGUUAUGGUACCUUUUUCGUGCACGCCGGUAUUAAUGCCAGUGGCGAUCGCACCAGCGACCUCUGGGCUUUUGACGUCCACUCGCGCACUUGGACUGAGCUGCCCGCGGCACCGGGCCCUUCUCGCUCGGGCACAUCAAUCUGCAUCAGCAAGAGCCGAAUUUUCCGUUUCGGUGGAUUCGAUGGGCAGAGGGAGAUUGGAGGCCAGGUCGAUUUCCUGAACCUUGAAGUGGAAAUUUUUGAUGACCGGGUUACUCGUGGCGAGGUGUCGGUUCGGGCACGUGGCGGAUGGCAAUCCAUAUACGAAAACGCACCAGAAGCUUCGUCGAAAGACAUUACUUUUGAGAAUAACCAGAUAUGGCCUGGACCGCGAAGCGUGUCUUCUCUCGAGGCCAUCACCAUUGGUGGUGGUACCGAGUAUCUCGUCCUGACUAUGGGUGAGGCAACCUCAAGCUCGGAAAGCCAUACCGGCAUUGGCAAGUCCCACAAUGACGUGUGGGUGUUCCAAGUACCGCCGGUGGGCAUGACUGCUGCGAGCAUUACGGCAGCCAUGUUCCAGGCUGUGGGACGCAAGACUGGCGAAGGCAAGUGGACAAAGGUGACCAUGGGCCCUUAUGACGAGGAAGUUUUGGAAAUGCCGCGGGGCCGGGGCUGGUUGGCGAGUGCGCCCAUGUCUGAUCUGGAAGAAACUGGAAUUGUGAUUUGGGGUGGAACGGAUGAUAACAAUAGGAGACGUGGAGAGGGAUGGAUCUUGAGGCUUGUUUAA